UGACAUUUUUCCAAUCGUGUUUGUGACAUUAGGUGGAGUGCUCGCAUCGUUUUAAAUAAUUAUUUUCUUACACUAAACGUAAUGAAUUAGGAAUAUAUGAAUGGUCAAAUACAUUUGCCUGAUUCCGCAGCAAAGUACAUCUAUUUAUUUUGUAUAGAUUGAUAUACUGUCGGCCAAAAUUAAGGCCUUACUUGCUUCAGUCAUGCCGAUUACAAAGCGUAAGCAAUCACCUGAGAAGGAGGAUUUAAUUGAAAACGGCGAUAACCUGUUAGAAGGCGGACGCAGUAAUAUCAAAGGAGAUGAAUUAAAUAUUGCUGUUUUGUUAUUUCUUUACACCCUGCAAGGUAUUCCAUUAGGACUCGCGGGCGCUGUGCCCAUGUUACUCCAAAAUCGGGGCAUAACCUACACCCAACAAGCAGAGUUCAGUUUUGUCAACUGGCCAUUCAGUGUGAAGUUACUAUGGGCGCCUAUUGUGGAUGCGUUAUUCUGGCCUGAAUUUGGUCGAAGAAAAACUUGGCUGGUACCAGUUCAAUACCUGAUUGGGAUUGUGAUGAUCAUCAUGUCAUCCAGUGUGACUGGAUGGCUUGGCUCUGAUGAAGAAGCCCCUUCUAUGACGAUCCUGACAAUGUCAUUCUUGUUUUUAAACUUCUUGGCGGCUACACAAGAUAUAGCAGUUGAUGGAUGGGCCCUUACCAUGCUUAAAAGAUGUAAUGUCGGACAUGCCUCAACGUGUAACACUGUGGGUCAAACUGCUGGCUUUUUCCUUGGAUACGUAAUGUUCCUGGCUCUAGAAUCUCCCUACUUCUGCAAUAAGUAUUUACGAUCUGUACCAGAAGACAGUGGUCUUGUCACAUUGGCCAGCUUUCUUCUAUUCUGGGGAUGGGUGUUUAUUAUCACCACAACUCUGAUAGCAAUAUUCAAGCACGAAGCCAAUGAUUCUGCGAAUGCCAAAGAAAAUACUGUGAAAGGAUUUAGUGAUGUUGUGACCGCUUAUAAGCAGUUGUAUACUAUAAUGAAGUUACCGUCUGUACGCACAUUGGCUUUGGUGCUGUUUACUGCUAAGCUCGGAUUUUGUGCAAGUGAUGCAGUGUCAGGACUAAAACUGGUGGAGGCUGGAGUGCCAAGAGAAGAUUUGGCUCUACUUGCUGUUCCAUUAGUCCCAGUGCAAAUUAUUAUGCCAGUGAUCUUAGCGAAGCACACAACAGGGCCGGCGCCUCUCUCACUAUGGUUGCGCGCGUUCCCCCUGCGGUUGCUGGUGGGGCCACUGGCCGCUGGUUUAGUGGCCCUCACGCCUAAUUUACUGGGCCAGGCUGGCCCGACGUACUCCUAUCUGUUUCUGCUCAUGCUGCUUUAUAUCUUCCAUCAGACAUGCCUAUACUGCAUGUUCGUGGCUGUGAUGGCUUUCUUCGCCAAAGUGUCGGACCCUGCCGUGGGGGGCACCUAUAUGACCUUCUUGAAUACUAUGUCGAACUUGGGUACCAACUGGCCCAACACUCUGGCACUCUGGGCCAUUGACCAUCUGACCUACAAGACCUGCUCGUUACCAGCGCUUGCUGAUAACACUUGUACUAGCCUCGCUGAAGAAAAUCUAUGUAAGUCAGAAGGCGGUACAUGCAACGUGCGGAUCGACGGCUUCUACAUAGAAACUGUGCUGUGUCUAGUGGUCGGCUUCAUAUGGCUGCAAUGGGGCCGGCCUACCAUAAACAAGCUCCAACGGCUACCCGCCUCCGCGUGGCAAAUCAGCCACUUCAACAGAUAAGACUGAAUCUCGCUAUUCCAAAUAUGUAUAUAAUGUAAAGAUUUUCAGGUACAUACGUCUUCGUAUUUUACUCAGGUUACCGCUGUUCUGGAGAUUUUUGGCGUUUUGCGGCCGCUCCCAAUAUUAUAUCUAUCCGUUGAUUUGAAUACUAGAGAUAGGAAUUUGACAUUUCUUGUAUGGGGAUAAUGUCAAAUUAUAUUUUUAGUAAGCGUAAUAACAGAUUGACAAAAUAUUGGCAAUGGUCAUUAAUAACAACUUGAUUUGGACGAGGAGAUGUAUUUAAUUAGUUCGAAUUUAGCAGAAAUUUUGUUUGUUUGACCAAUAGUAUUAAUAUGAUUCCAUCUUUCAACACAAAUGAUUAUAGCACAAUUUUAUUGCAAUUAGUGUGAUAACCCCAUGUAUAAUUUAGGUGCAGACCUUAUACAAAGCAGGGUGCAUAAUUUGCCUGUUGAGGCUGCAAUAGUUAUAACUUUCUUAUGAAUUACUUUAUAGUUCAAAAAAUAUACACUAAACUUAGGGUGCUGUAUGUUUUUGACUACCAUACUUUAAGAUUGAGAAAAAAUGUUUUGUUGUUACUUUUGACAUGUUUUGCUCUUGAAAUCGUGUCAAACAGCCAGUUAAUCCCGUAUAUGUAUUGUAAUUUAUGCGGAGUUUCUACUUCUGUCCUAAAAUAAUUAGAACCUACCGAUUUUUCAUUCAUAUAAAUGAUGAUCCUCAAUGAAUACUCCUAUAUUUCAAAGUAAAUAAAUAAAAGACUUGACUUUUUCUAACACGGCUUCGCGAAAGCUGUAUUUAUGUACUUGCCCCACUAUAUAGUAUGUAUAUUUUAGUAUCAGUAUAGGCAUUGUACGCGCGUUUUUACAAAACUCAAGAGUUGCAAUAAAUUAUUCCAAUAAUAAUGACAGUAUAUAUAAUUUUUGUAUAGUCGUCAGUAGACGUAUUUAGGUAGAAGUAAGUUAGUAUAAAUAAGAAUUUUAGUUUAUUUUCCAUAAGGAUGUGUGAUUUUAUUGUUUAAAUAUUAUAUUAUGUUGAACUUGAUUAAAUUAAAUUGUUGUCUAUUAUAAAUUGUUUACGUCCAAUUCUUAAUGUUUAAGUAUUACUAUAUAGCGUUUAACGUCUAUGAGUAAGGAAUAUCAUUAUGUAGUUUCGUCUGCAGUACAAAUUAUUAUUGUUUCCUCAAUUUUCUGUAUAAUAUAUAUCUUGUAUAAGAACUUUUGUGUAAAUAUGAAGUACAGGGAAUAACAGGAAUGCAGUAGUGACGUAUUAUUAUAAUUUAUUUAUGUACACAUCAACACUUAAAAUAUACAAUCUUUUUAACAACGAUGCUGUAGUUCAUUUAUGUAAUUUUGCGCCAUUAGUAUAUGUAGGUACAAGAAAUCCAUACAUGUGAAGACAUUUACGUAAUAAUAUAAGAGUACACUUUGUGCUAAGUUAUAACUUGCAACUGACAUAAAUUCUAAAAUGUAUAUUUCUAAAAUAAAUUCUUUAAAAACAUAACCAGCCAGGCAUUUCUGGGAAACAUUUUCUACGAAAACUAUGUGAGGAUUGAUUAUUUUGUGCAUUCAUACAGUUUUCAAUAAAGCAUUUUCUUAAACAAUUUCAAAAGAUCUGGAGUGAA